AUGAAAGAAAUGCAAGGUUGCUCAAGAGAAAUCUCACUUUCGAGUGCACAAGCUGCUCGUCAACUUGUGACAUUGAUCAAAAGUAUCCUUAUUCAUCGAAACUGGCAAGGAAACUGGCAAGAGGAAUCACCUACACCGUCAAUACCUCCUCAGUCGAAUACAUUAUACCAGUCCAUUAAGAAUAAAGAAGAAACACCACUAAUUAACCAAGGCAGUGGUAAAAGCUGUUACCUUACUCAUAUCAAUUUACACUUACUAACUGAUUAUCUGGCUUAUAGAAGUCUCAGUGUCUUAUUUAAAACAUGGAGUAUACCUAAUAUCAAUGUGUACUACUACCAUCUGGAGGAAUACGAGAAUAAAGUAUCAUGGAUACCAAGUACACAUUAUUCUGGGAUAUUUGGUUUAUCGAAACUGCUGAUCCCAGAAAUUCUACCAGAUUCUGUUGAAAAAGUGAUAAGUCUUGAUAUUGAUCUGUUAGUAAAUUCUGAUCUUUUGGAACUUUGGAGGUACUUUGAUAAGUUUAACUCGUCCCAGAUGAUAGGAUUAGUUGCGAAUCAAAGUCCAUGGUAUUUAAGAAAAACCAAUAGAGUCGUAUGGCCUGCAUGGUGUGCUAUAUGCACAUGUUAUUUAUUCUUUCCACAUGCAGGUGGUCAAUUCAAAUAUAUUGAAAAUGGACAGAGAUCAGGUUACAACACUGGUGUUAUGUUGUUACACCUUGAUCGUCUCAGAAAAUUUCAUUGGUCAGAACACUGGAACAGAACAACAAAAUCUGCAUUGUUACGGAUAUCUCAUGCAAGUUUAGCAGACCAGGAUAUAAUUAAUACCGCAUUGGUAAAAUAUCCCUCAAGUAUUUAUGAGUUACCGUGUGAGUGGAAUGUACAACUCACAUCUAAUAUGAACACAAAAUUAUGUCAAAUUAUUUGGUUUGACGAGUCAUUCAGUAACCCCAGAGAAGGUGUCGCUCUAUACGGAUUUAACCGUCAGUUGAAAAUUGCUCAUUUUAACCAUCCAAUCAAAGCGGAUAUGAUUACAAUGAGUGAAAUUGCCGACGAUGAUUCACUGCGUAAGUCACUAGGUAAACAAUUUCCUUGUUUAAUCUUCCUAUCCUAA